UGUCAUGCGUUUUAAUCAUCUUCCAGAGUGUGCUGUGUUACACCGCUUGACAUUCCUCUCAUACCACCACCCGGUCACGGUUCUCCCACGGGGGUGCUCGAUUGUUAAAGCAGGGAACUUCAAUUUUCUGCUGCACCAGAGACAAUAAACGGCUUAAAACUGCAACAUAAGGACGCGAUAACUACUUUAAGUCGACCGUGUCAGCUGUUUUGUCCUCGUGCAGUAGUCGAUCUGGAAGACUGAGAAUCCCCAAAUUCCCUUAAACAGACUUUUUUCCCCCCACACCCAGAAACUAAGGAUUCGUUUUUUCUUUAGCAGAGAAACAAAUCAAAUUCGAGUCAAGUUAUGUUAGGAGCCCGGCAAGUUCCCCUUAAGUUUUGUGGUUAAACACGGUUAAGAACAUAAUAUAGUAGAACAACGCUGAUGGGACUCUUGGGGAAUCUUUGAAUGACACUUCACUGAAGGUUCCCGCUGUGAAAAAAAACGACGAAGCUUCUUUCUGUCUGGAUGCUGCCGACUGGGAGGAGUAGGAGGUGGAAAAAACUGAAAACUGAUUAGGAAGAAGCAGAGAGCGCUGUUGUUCCGUCUCAACAAACACUGUGUGUAGCUCGGUGUGUUGUUGAAUACUGGAGGCUCGACUCGCAUUCCGCAAAAGUUAUCUUCCCAUCACUCAAACUUGUAGGAUUGCUUCAGUGUAUGAGAGGAGCAAAGCGGCUGAAAGCGCGAGACCGUGCGAGCGAAUGGAGAAGCACAAAGUGCUGGACCAGCUCCUGAUGGAGCUCCAUCGCUUCUUGCUCAUUCUGGACAAGGAAACUCUGAGUGGGAACGCCACCAUCCAGAAAGUCUUGCUGGCGGAUCUCCUCCAGUCCUACAGAACCUCAAGCGGUGCUGAUGAGGAGUAUAUCUACAUGAAUAAAGUUGUGGUGACUGGGAAAGAUGACAAAGAUGACGGAUCAGAUGCCCUGGUCAACGGAAAAGCAGCUAAAUAUGUCCCUGUGCCACAGAAGAGCCUUCCUGACCUGCCUCCCCCCAGAACAGGUGUGGUGGGUCGGGAACCAUUCCCCUUGCCUGUAGUUCCAGCUCCAGCCUGUAUAGACAUGUCAGAGAGCUACUAUGAGGAGGCUCAGCCCUACGAGGAGACUAUAAAUGAUCUGGAGUGUUCUGGCCUCCUCUCAGGGCCCUGGAUGCGAGUGAACAGCUCUGACAGUGUGAUCUAUGCUGUUAUCACCAGGGAUGACGGCGAGGCUGUUAGCAGUUCAUAUGAGUCAUACGACGAGGAGGAAGUCACCCAGGGAAAGUCCCCAUCGACUCAGCAUCAGUGGCCAUCAGCAGAGGCGUCUAUUGAACUGAUGAAGGACGCUCACAUAUGUGCCUUCCUAUGGAGGAAGAAAUGGCUUGGCCAGUGGGCCAAACAGCUCUGUGUCAUCAAAGACCAUCGUCUGUUGUGCUAUAAGAGCUCCAAGGAGCAGACACCUCUGCUGGAUGUGAGUCUACUGGGCUGCAGUGUGGUCUACAAAGAAAAGCAGUUAAAGAGAAAAGAGCACAAGCUAAAGAUCAUCCCAGUAGGAGGGGAGGCCAUCGUACUAGGCCUGCAAAGCAAAGAACAGACUGAGCAGUGGCUGAAGGUGAUUGAAGAGAUAAGUCCCAAACCAGCUGAAAACUGUGACAUCCAACAUUCUGCGUCUGACUCCCCAAGACUUAUUUGCACAAAGGGAGAGCUGGGUGAGAGACACUCAGUGGCUUCAGAGAGUGGCAGCAGCACAGACAGUCAUGCUGAAACUUCAGAAUGCAAAGAUGUAAAGAAGAAAUAUGGUGCAGGCUUGAUGUUCAGCAACCUGAUGAACAUUGGCAAGAAAAAACCCUCCUCACUAGAGAGCAAUGAAAAAUCUGUCAACACCUCAGGCUACCUCAACGUACUUGUGAACAGUCAGUGGAGGCCCUGCUGGUGUCUUAUAAAGAAUGGACAGCUGUGGUUUUAUCAAGACAAGGGAAAGAACAAAGUGAGCCAGCCAGCUGUGACCCUGGGAGGCUGCAGUGUUUUACCCGACCCCAGCCCUGAGCACCUCUACUCCUUCAGGAUUGACAUCCACGGCACACAGCUUGCAACCCUAGAGGCAAAGACAUCAGCAGAUAUGGGUCAUUGGCUCGGUCUCUUGCUGUCACAGACGGGGACCAAAACUGACCCAGAGGAGCUGACAUACGACUAUGUCAACGCUGAGAGAAUCUCUAGCAUUGUCAAUGCUGCAAAAACUUCAUUCUAUUUGAUGCAAAGGAGAUAUUCAGAGCCAAACACAUAUAUAGACACUCUACCUUCCAUUCCUCAAAGCUCUGAUGAGCUGUAUGAUGAUGUGGCAUCAUUAGCUGAUCCCGAGGAUGCUGAUGAAAACCGCCUGCCAAACUGUGAGGACAACAAUCUCCUGGAACAGAAUCAAACAUGCUCACCAAAUACUAAGAACCCUAUGAGCACAGAACAGGAUACCGACAACAGAAUUUACCUGGACCUAGUCCCUGUGCGCUCCUUCCUCCAUACAUCCUGUGGGAAUAAAACUUCUCCUGCAAAGGAAAUUUCCAGGCAGUCUCCAGUCCCAGUAGAGGACCACAAGGACUCCUCCUUCCAAAUUAAAGAGCUCAUUUCAACAACCCCUGCUGAGCCAGACUCAACACCUGAAUUAAAUGGCCUUAGCACAGUCUCUGCUACAAGCAAACCAGAACAACAACCCCCGGCUUCCACUCUGUCACAGCCACACCCUCAACCUGCCAAAAUCUUAUCCCAAAGCCAAGAGACCCCUAAGAGGACCAGCCUGGGACUCCCACAAGCCUUCAGCUGUUCUGGGACACAGAUUCAUAAGGGUCAGGCAGCUCAUAAUGCUGCUACCAUACUCCCUCGCAGUCCACAACCUUUACGGCCAAAGGCACACACCAUAGGGUCUCCGGGUUCGGUUGAAGUAAAACUUGGCAAGAACCGCACAGAGGCAGACUUGCGCCGCUACAUAGAUGAAAGGGAUCGUCUGGAGAAAGAGAGGGAGGAGGUGAGAAGCAGUCUGGCAAACCUAAAGAAGGAGAAAAGGGAAGCCAAAGAGGAGCUCAGUGCCUGCCAAGAUCCCAAGAGGCAUGAUGCACUAGAGAUCAGCCUGAAGAAGAAGGAGGAGGCGUGUCGAGAGGCAGAGCAUCGCAGGGUAGAGGUGGAGCUUCGACUGGUAGAAGUGAAAGAAAGCCUAAAGAAAGUGGAGUCGGGGCCUUUCACGCUGGGAACCACAUUGGACAGCAGCCUCCAGGACACACCUGCGCCUAAAGCAGCAACUAUGCCUAAUCUCCAAUCAUCACUAUCACUGUCAUCAUCAUCAUCAUCUUGCCAAUCAUCCAACAGCAACAGUGCAGACUCUGCUUCACCAGUCAACUCUGCAUCUGCUCUUAAAAACAGACCCGCCUCUAUCAUGGCCACAAAAGGCACGGUUCUGCAGAAAGCAAAGGAAUGGGAGAAAAAAUCCACCUCCUAGAGGGAAACGUGUAAAAUCCUGCAAGCGUUUGUUGGUUAAUCAUCUGUAACAUCCAUCGUGGAUAGUUAAAUCCCUCCAUGGAUCCUUCAUCCUCAUCAACUUCUUAGACUUUGAAGAGCCAAUCAGACAGAAGAAUGAGCUGUCUUCUUGAAUACCACUGGAUAUUCAUUAAUACAAUGACUUUUAAGUUGUUUUUUUCCUCUAUCUGCAAAGGAAGGAAUUUGAUGUAGUAGCAUUUUGGCCAGUGUAACACAAACAUACAUUGUAAACAGCCAAACCUUUGAAACCACUGAGUUUUGAUAGACAGAAAGCCUUUUUACUAAAUUGUCUGUUCUGUACACUCUAGAUUGUAGCUUGGUUCAUGUAUGCUGGUAGCCAAGAUGUAAAUUUAUUUACACCAUUAUUCAGCCUUUUGGCUUGUAUUGCUAGCUAAAAAUGCACUUUUUAUUCAAAUAAAUGUACUGACCAAAAUACAGGCUUGAAA